AUGUUUUCUAACGAGAUCGUUGUUCUGAACCAAAAGCGCUCGGUACCGAAGAGCAUCCCGCUCUCUGUUCUCAAUCCGCAUAAGGACGAGGAUGGACUCAUUCGUAUUCGAGGAAGACUCCGUCGAGCUUGCCUCCCAGGAGCAACGAGGAAUCCCAUCGUAUUUCGCGCGCAUCCGCUAUUGAUACUCAUUAUCCAGCGUCAUCAUCUGAGAACGUUGCAUGCUGGUUCUCAAUUAAAGCUCGCGUCAUUGCAAAACGAAUUUUGGAUUCUCCGGGCUCGCGCCACCGUUCAAUCCGUCCUUUAUAAGUGUAUACCUUGCACACGUGAACGCUCCGACAUACCCGUCGAACUCAUGGGUGACCUCCCGGCUGCGAGAGUCAACCGCACCGUUCGAGCCUUUAUCCAUACCGGCGUCGAUUACACAGGUCCGAUCGCUGUCCGCACGGCGCCCGGUCGAGGGCAUAAAUCGCAAAAGGCCUAUAUAGCUUUAUUCGUAUGCCUCACGAUCAAAGCUCUGCACUUAGAGCUCGUCAGCGAUUACAUCUCUCCUACAUUUAUCGCAGCGUAUCAACGAUUCGUUUCUCGUCGAGGAUUACCGACGUCCAUGUACUCUGACAACGGAACCAUAUUUCAUGGCGCCGAUCGCGAAUUGUCAAAUGCACAUGCCGCAGCAAUACGCGAUCCUAAUUUCCGCAACCGACUCGCUUACGAUGGAACCGCGUGGUACUUCCUACCCCCUGCGUCGCCGCACUUCGAUGGCCUGUAG